AUGUAUGCCGGUAGACCAGCGACGAAGGAUAAAUACACCGCAAGGCAUAAGACAGAAAGACCUUCAUCAGACUAUGCGAAAAUUCCACGGGAGCUGGAUCAGUAUAUAGUGGAUCCCACGACAAAAAAGCGCUAUCUUCGAGGCCGCUUUCUCGGCAAGGUACCCUGGCGUACGCUCCAACAUAUCUGAACAUAUGCAUAACCGCCAUUUAAAUUUAAAUCCUGCAGAACACGAGCAAACGAAUCUUUGAUCGAUAGUUCAUAUGCUAUAACUGCUGUUCUCAUCAUUCGUUCUUUUUCUUCAGGGUGGAUUUGCAAAAUGCUACGAACUUACGGAUAUGGAAACGAAAGAGAUUUUCGCUGGCAAGAUUAUCUCGAAAACUAUGUUAACGAAGCCACAUCAAAAAGAAAAGGUGAGAAUGAAACAACGCUAACCGAAAAUUCUUUGGAAAUUCAUUUUGAUCCUUAAUUUUUCCCAAUUUUUCUUCGGAUGUUUGUAGAUGUCUAUGGAAAUUGCCAUCCAUCGUUCCGUGGGGCAGAAAAGAGCUGUUCACUCAGAAACGCACAAACAGAUUGUCGGGUUUCAUGGUUUCUUCGAGGACUCGGAUUACAUUUACAUCCUUCUUGAGCUCUGUAGACGAAGGGUAAGUGGCGAAAACAGGAGAAAUCCACUUUUUAAAAUAUUUUGUUUCAUUUUAAGGUCUCUCUCUCUUUACUGAAUCUUUUUCGAUCUUCUGAUACUGUUUUUGAACAACCUUUAUUCUGGAUUUCAAGUACACUUUUUGUUUUGUUUUUACUUUUCGGCGUUUUUUGCUUCAGUUUUUUUGAAAAAUUAAUUCUAGUUGAGCAAAAUUGAGAAAAUUAUAAAUUUAAAAAAGGAAGUGAAAUAAAAAUGUUGCUUACUUGUUUUAGAUCCUAGCGAAAGGUUUCUCCAUUUUUCGAUUUUAGUCGUUGGUUUAGAGUUCAAGUUGUUAAUUUUAAAAACUCAAACACGUAGAUUAGAGGUUCUGUUUGCAUCCUUUGUUCUUGAUUAAACUUUCUUUUUUAUAGUUUGUUUAAUAUAUUAGACAUUUUCUGGUCCCCAUUUUUUGCUUUUGCCUCAAUUUUGAUCACCCACUAACUGGGAAGAUAAAGUACUGCUCAUGCAGUUUAUUUUUUAAGAACCCUUGUUUUUUUGGACACCUGUUGAUGCUCUAUUGAAUCUGAAAAAUAAAUAUUGCAUGAAAACUGCAUGACAAAGGAAAUACGAUCAUAAUGAUUUCAAACAGAAUGAUAUUUUACUCUCUAGAUUUUUGUGAUGAUAAAGACCAAAAUAUUUGGUUCGUUGUAGUCUAGUUCACAUCCUUCAGUUCAAUGUAUCUGCAAGAUUUGUUUCAAGAACCGUUUUUGGGGACAACCUGUUGAUAGCAAUUAUGAUUUUAAUUUAUGCAGGGAAAGCUCAGUUGAUCUCAAAUUUACAUUUUCAUCAGGCAUGUUCAAUAAACAUGAGAUUUGUUUGAUGAAUCACCAAAUGCAUUAUUAAACUGUUGUUGUAUUUCUUCCUUCCUGGUAUCUUUAUUUUAAAAAUGUAUUUUUCUUACGUUUUUAGUUUUCCUUUUAGAAAUUUACUAUGUUAAGAAAGUGUUAUUUGUUUUGUCACACAUUGCAGCAGGCUUUUUCAGAUGUUAUUUAACAUGUUACCUUUUAAGUUAGUGUAAUCCUGGAACAAGACUUGAAAAAUUUCUUUAAUCUAAUCAAGAAACCAGUUAAUGGAAACAUGGAUAAUAGAAAGACUUUCUAUUAUCCAUGAUGGAAAUAAGGAAAGAUGAUAUAUUUUAAUUUUGGCUUCCCCGGCACAUUCAAAUGUAAUUAAACUCUACUCUUUAGUGCAUGUACCAAAAUAUUAAAGAAAAAUGAAAAUCUGCUCAACUCAGUCUCAUGCUGUGUAUUUGAUACAUUUAUUUUUAUUGUUUUAAAUGUGGGUGGGUUUUCUUUGGUAACAAAUUGGUCUCUAUAAAAGCACAGAAAAUCUGCUGUCUUGGUAUUUUUGUGCGAUUAGACUUUCUCCAGCUCCCAAAUCAAGUAAUUUAUUGGUUAUGUGCUGUUUAUGUUGAUACACGAUAGCGCCAGAGCCUUUUUACCUGAAGGCGUCUACAGAAAUGCCCUGACUGGGUCUUUUUUUUCUUUCAACAAAUUAAAUUCUCCCUUUGUUUUCUAAGAAUUAUGUAGUUUUUUUAUUUGAAGUCACUUGGACUUUCAAGGCUGUGCGCUAAGGAAAAUUGAAUGGAGAACAGUACUCUGUGCUGGUAAAAUCCAGGGUGCCCAGCUUAUGAUUUGUAUAAAUAAAAAAAGAUUUUCUAGUCAGCCAAGAUCAUACAUUGGGCACCAGGGGCCAGUAGGCCUGCCCAAUAUUAUGUUGUGCAAUUAUUUAUUUGCUGUUUUCAUUUCAGUCCAUGAUGGAACUUCAUAAGCGCAGAAAGGCCCUGACAGAACCAGAAGUACGGUACUUUAUGAAGCAAAUUGUAGAGGGCUGUAAAUAUCUGCAUGAUAACAGGAUCAUUCACCGUGAUCUCAAGCUUGGGAAUUUAUUCCUAAAUGAUGAAAUGGAGGUCAAAAUUGGUGAUUUUGGUCUGGCAACUAAAGUAGAGGUUGAUGGUGAAAGGAAGAAGUAAGAAGUGAAUCAUUACUUUAUUUCUUUAACCCGCUAACCCAUGGCAAUAUUUUUGAGGGUUUUUCUUCAAAUGGCAGAGUCUUCAAGCUUUUAAAAUGUCAUCCCAACUUUGACAAGUAAUCGUCCACUUCAUUCCAGCCUGUGCUGAGCCAAAACACUUUCAACAGUUCUUCUGCACUUAAAUUGAAGUAACAUUUAGCAAGACCAGGCCAUCAUUAGACAGUAGGUCUUGGUUCAGGGCUUAGAUUCAAAUACUUUUAUUUGUUGUUCAAUUAGUAAUAUGAAUAUCCCUUUACUUUUCAGACUGAAAAUGUUGUAAUUUUGCGUAUAACUCUUCACUCUAUUUUUAAUGGUAAUGUCAGUUGUCAAUAAUUAAUAUGAACUUUUUUGAGAAAAUGGUUUUGUAAUUUUCCAGGACUCUUUGUGGUACUCCUAACUAUAUUGCUCCUGAAGUGCUUAACAAGAAAGGACACAGCUUUGAAGUAGAUGUCUGGUCACUAGGAUGCAUCUUGUAAGUAACUGAGACACAUGAAGUCGGGAAAACCAUAAGUGCAAGUCAUAAUCAAAAACUGUACCUAGGAAUGAGGGCUGCGUAAAGUUAAAUUUCAAGAAGGCUACUUAGAGUCUGAGAAAAUGGCCGACAUUUUGCAAUGCCACCACUGAUUCCCCCAGCAUAUGACAUCUGAGAAAUGAUUCAGUCUGAGCGUAGAUUUUUCAUGUUGAUGACUUGUCACUACCUAGAUCAGCCUGGUAGUGCUUCAUAUUGGUCGUGCAGCAAGGGAAAUUUGCUUCAACCAAUCAGAAGCACUAUCCAGAUCUAGGUACUGACACAUCAUCAGUAUGGGGUUUCUGUGCUCAUUUCGCAGAUGUCAUUUUGCAGGGAAACUACUGGUGGCAUCGCGAGAUGUUGGCUGUUUUUUCUCAGGCUAGAAGGGUGCGCAAAGACCUCUCACUAUUAUUUUGAGCACUGGAAAUAAGCUAAAACAUCAAAUCCUUUAUUCAAAGAAUGAUUUACACUGAUAUGUUCAGUUUUCUUGCACAGAAAAUACCUAGUAGACUUUGUUAUGAUGAUAUCUUACUUGAUGCAUACCUUGGUUGCAGGUAUACUCUUCUUGUUGGCAAGCCACCUUUUGAAACUCAGAGUUUGAAAGAAACGUACCAACGAAUAAAGAGAAAUGAAUAUUACAUUCCGUCAAAAGUUUCCCACACUGCCCAACUGUUAAUCAUUAAACUCUUGAGACCAGAUCCCGCGACCAGACCCAACCUACGGCAAGUUCUUGAAGAUGAGUUCUUUACAGGCUUCACACCCAAUCAUUUGCCAAUCAGCUGUCUGACAAUGGCACCCAGGUUUGCGACUGGUUCAUCAGCGCAUCUGCUUGGGGUUGGUGCAUCUUCUCGGAAGCCGCUUAAUGAACUGAACACUCAAGAACAACAAACUGCUACCACUGGCAGAAGAGACAAGGUAGCCUUUUUGGAGAAGGUCAGCAAAAGGAGAUCCCUGGGUGUAAGAGUCUGCGGGGGAGAAAGCAAACUCAUUCAACCAGGAGAAGCUGUUGCUGAAGAGUUGAAAGACGAAGAUCAGGAAGGUAGGUUGGAAAAUUUGAGGUACACUUUACAUUGACAGAGCUCUGUGUUUGUUGAGUUUGUAUUCAAAUGUUGUACAUCUCUAUGCGAGAUAUGACUGAGCAAAGAUCAAAGAGCCCUUACUUAAAACAACAUGUUGGAAAAUUUAAAGUCUUGCUAAUGAGGUGUAUGUGUCCACUUAACAAUUCUGUUUGUUGAAUUGACAAUUGUAUUUAUGUAAUCAUACAUAUGUUACUUUUUUUACUCACAUUUGCUGUGAGGAUCAGUUUGGUGUACAUUGUUUUUCCUAAUGAUGCCUUUUUCUCAUCAUGAGGAGCACAAGAACUUCACCUUGCGUGGAAGAUGAUAGUUGUUGAGAUCCUGGUUAGUGGGUGACUAAGCGGUGUUUGAUUGUCUCUCAUUAUACAGAUAUCCCUAAAGACUGUUAUACCUCACAGCUGCUCAGCCAGAUUGUUUCAUGCUUGCAAUCCAAUCCCGUCAGAGCUAAUUUUAAUGAAGGUAAAUUUAACUACUUAAACCAUUCUAUUUAUGAUAAACUUCUAUUUAACUAAAAUUUGUCUACUUUAAUCAUUAUUGCUAGUCCAAUGUUCUCACCACUUAAUAGCAAAACUGUUUCCUUUACAAUGUCGAAGCUAGCAUGUAAAGAAAGUUGUGUUCAUCCUGUAUCCUGGGGCUAUUGGAUUAUGCGAUCAGGCUAGUGAAUUCUGUUUUAAACUUGCCCUAGUAUGGGCAAGUAAAGCUUUUGGGGGAAUUCAAUUACAGGAGUACUGUAAACAAAAUGUUUAAAUUUCUAAUUCAUGUAGAUUGAAAGGUGUUCUCCAAGCUGAUCUAACAAAGUAAAAUUAUUACACUUAUUUUACUAACUAUGAAUAAUAUUAAUAAACCAAUUAGUUAACUAAAUGUGUAAUUACUUAUCAUUAAUUCAUUAUUAUUACAUGGCUACAACAGUACUGUACCCUCGCUCUGAUUGGCAACUAAGCUAAGAUUUUCUUGUAAUGACCGGGCAUUACUAGCUAGGUGUCCAAGGCAUAUAUAGUCUGUGUUUUUAAACACAAAACUUGAUAGUGGACAUCCAUAUUAUGGUCAAUUGUCAGCUGUCAAAAAAGUCUAUCCUCUGACCAGUGUCACAUGACUGUAUUGUGGGCUCAAGUGUACAACUCAUUGAGGUGACAUUUUUUUUCCACUGACGAGUUAUUGGUUUUUGAUUGAUAGUGGGCUCAGGUCCAAAAUUUCUCAUGGUCAAAGAUACUAUGUCUUGUGGUUUUGAUAGCAUUGCCAGGAUCGUUUCGGUUCGGUGAAAAUGAGCUUGAAUGACCUUUUAUGCGUGGAUGUUGAAAAUUACUGCCUGUGUUUUUUAUUGAAUAGUGCUUAGUAGGCCAUAUAAUAAGUAACUUAUUAACCUCGUCCAUACAGUCAUUACACCUAGUGAAAUCUCAGACUUUGGCUUUGAUGCAUUGACCUCUCUUUCAAGGCCUCGGUCUGAGAUUUCCCUACAUGACUUUACUCCUGGUUAAUAAGUAAAAUAUAAUCCUGCCUGUCAAAAAAAAUUUCAGGCUGGUUAAAAUGACUCUUUGGGUAGUACAUGCUAUCUACAGCUUUUCCUUGGGGCAAAAAGCAGCAAAACUGACUUUGUCUGUAACUGUAGCAUGGUUGAAGGCUAAUGAAUACUAUAAUCUUAUUUCCUCAAUAGAUGAGGCGGAGGAUCCGGCUUCUGUUCCAGUGUACUGGGUUAGUAAAUGGGUGGAUUAUUCAGACAAGUACGGAUUUGGUUACCAACUAAGUGAUAACAGUGUGGGUGUUCUUUUCAAUGACCAAACAAGACUUAUUCUUUACCAGGAUGAAGUGUAAGUAUUUGACAUGCUGUUCCCUUCUCUGAGGUUAUUGUGAUCAAGUAGACUGCGAGCGAUAGAUUGAGAGCAUGUGUGAGGAGUGAGAGGAAUGUUUUUCUUUUCCUCUCUCUGCCCCAAUCUCUCCUCUUUUUUACUAUAGAUUUGCAUAAUUUUACUUUUUGCACACCCCUCGUGGCUCAAAGAAAAGAGGGACCAUCACUUGUGAUCUAGUGAUGGAGUGUUCAUAAUUUCACAGAGUGUGGAGAGAGAAAGACCGCCUGAUCACAGGUUAUCACUGACACCAUUCAAAUUUUUGUAAGCUAAAACCCCUUUAGAUUUUUUUAUGAACAGUUACCAUUGUAUUAACAGGAGCUUAGCUGGGAAUUUCCCAUCGCUAGACACGAUUUUCCAAAUCCACCCUAUCAUGUCUUCCAAAUCCCUUUUUAUUUUCAGGUGAUUGGACUUUUUUUUUUUAUUAAUGUAACAGUGAUGGGUUAAUCAUCUCUAUUGGAUGUAGGACCAUGUUUUGCAUGUUUUUUUUGGAAUUUGGAAUUUUGAUUUACAAUUUCCUUUGAUUUUCAUUCUCUAAAAAAAUGUUUUUUGAAAAAAUUCCAGUAAAAUAUUCGAAUAAUGCUUAAUGCUUUUACCUCACCAAAAUGCUUGAACAAAAUGCUAGCAUAAUGUACAAAACCCUAAUACUAGAGCGCAGGUAUCUGUGCCUUUAAGUUUAAUUAAUUAGUAGUAUUUGUUUCCCGUUUUUGCAGAAAUCUACAAUACAUAGAAGCUGAUGGAACAGAGUACUUUCACACGCUCAAAGGAUACCCCAGCCAACUUGAAAAGAAAGUAACCCUUCUUAAAUACUUCCUCAGCUACAUGAAUGAUCAUCUUCUGAAGGUAUGCAAUGAACGUUUUGACUCAAUAACAUUCCCUAUUUAUUUUCUUGUUCGUUUGCGUAAAUUUAAAUCAGCUUGUGCACUUCCUGAUCCAAGAAGAAAUCAUAUACGCUAAGAAUCUUUUCCAGAGACUAUUUCAAGAUAAUUAGCCUGCAAAAACAUCCGUUUCUCCUCGCUCUUCGCUGCUUGGGACGUUUCGCGAGGCGGAAACGUCCCUGGCGGCGAAGAGCGACGAGAAACGGAUGUUUUCGCAGGCUACAAGAUAAUUGCCUUGUAAAGGAUGUACUAUAUCCAGAUUUUCUUCAAACUUGGCACAUUAAUUGACAGCCAUGUAAAGGACAUUGAAAAACUUCAAUAAAAAAAAUGAACACUGAUAUUGUUUUUGUCCUGCGUGCUAAGUGUUUUUCUUAGUUGCGUGCGAAAUGCUCUUAACUUGAACAGCAAUCAAAAGUUAUCUUAAUGUUUGAUUUCAUAGGCUGGUGCAGGUGCUAAAACUGUAAGAGAGGAUGAAUCUGCCCGAUUACCUUUCUUGAAAAAGUGGUUCCGCACAAAACAUGCCAUUAUACUCCAUCUUAAUAAUGGCACUCUUCAGGUAAGGAAUUGUGACUUGUUUUCAUUGAUAAGGUACACCAAAAUUUAGUCCCAAGUUCUCCUGCUCAUCCUGGCGGGGGGAUGGGGAUAGAAUGUGCGUACCGUCCACCUGAAGCUACGAACAAACGGACGCAACAACUCCCAACAUUGUUGGCCGUAUAAACGUUUGACCGCUUUCAAACGUUACACAACAAAAUGCAACAAGGUGUGCAAACGGACGCAAUAUGUAACAUCCAUCAAUGUUCUGAAUGUUGGGAGUUUUUGGCCAACAAGGUUGCGUCCGUUUGCGCUGGGCCUCAGGCUUUUUAGGCAAAUGACCAUUUCGAGCUAUCCACGUAAUUAGGGAGGGAAAACGUCGCUGAAAAAAUAAUUUGUGUCCUUUCAAACUUUAUCUCGUCUUUCUGGAACCGCUCAAUUCAGGAAAAUUCAUCGUAGUAUGUUCACGUCCUCUACAAAACGUCAUAUUAGGUGGUUCCACCCCGUAGUUGAGUAGUGGACAUCAAAGAAAUGUUUGCACGUGCAGAACUGUUGUUUUACACAUAGAACCAAUAUUGCGGGACACAUUUCGGCUCCAGUUUCAUUCUCGUUUCAAACUUGAGGAAUCAAGAAUUGUUUUGCUGUAAUUGGGCCCCGAUUAACUAUGAAAUUCCUUCACCGCCUAGUAAGCGCAAGGGUUUAUUCUUGAGCGCGGCCUUGCGGAAUUUCCGCAGUUUGGAGAAAAAUGCCGCGUAAAAUUUAUUUUGCCGCGUCAAAUCGGGCGCAAAGAAAAUAGACCCAAGGAUAAGUACUAUUGAAUGUUCCAAAAUGGCGGCAAAGCGUUAACAAACGUUCGUUUUCUCAUGGAACAGUCUGUACCAAUAAGUUAAAUGCCAAAAUACCUUUACCGUACCUUUUUAAAUACCAAAUACCUUUUGGGGGACCCCAUUUCUUGAAAAAGGGCCCCCUACAACUAAAGAAGGGGGUCCAUUUGACCCUCUUUGGCCAAUUUCUAGAAUAAACUCUGAAGGGGUAUAUAUAGAUUGAAAGAGUUAAAUCAAUGAACAGUUCUUCGUUUGACCUUGCAUUCCAUUUUGGGGUUUUGAGUGUUCAAACAUUUAACAUUACCUUGCUCUUUUUUAUUCUUUCACAGCUUAACUUUUUUCAGUGCCAUACCAAGAUUAUUGUAUGUCCUUUGCUGGGAGCUGUGACCUUCAUUGAUGAAAAUAAAAGACUCAGGACAUUCCCACUAAAGAACAUUGAAAAACAUGGCUGCUCCAUAAAGUUGUAUACCCGAGUGAAUUAUGCUCGCAAAAUGAUUCAAAAGCACAUGCUGCCUGAAAGUGAGAAUCAGAACGGCAAAAAGGAAUAAUUAUGAAACAGUGUAAAUGCUAUGAAUAUUUUACCAUUCUCCUAAGUUCUUCAGAGAUCCCUUGCAUUCUGAAGUUCCCCCUUUGUGAAUAUAGUGCUGUACACUACUCACAAUUGGGCUUGACUUACAUGGAGAUUUUCUCAUUUUACUUGAUGGCCCUAUGGGUAAACUUUUAUACUCAAUAUUCCUGCAUUAUUAGAUUAUUUAUUGUUAAAUUUAUGCAAGACUUAGUUAGUUUUUUUCUCCGUUCACAUGAUUUGUUGCUGGAUGUAAAUAGAUGAUUCUAGAGACUGGACUAGUUAUCUUUGCUUCUUCCUACAAUUUUUAAGUCAAUUAUAGUGCGAGUGAUAAUAUUAUUACGGUUACUUUGGUUUGAUCUUUGUGCCCGUACGCGAUAGUUAACGGCAUUCAUUUAAAUUCUCACUGGAACUGUAAAAAUUAAUUAAUUAACUGAUGAAUUUGAAACAGCCAAAUUUUAAAAUCAUACGAGUUUCAACCCAUAUUCGGAAAAUGAUGCUGUUUGUUAGAUGUUUAAAUGUUUGAAUCUUCGCCUCCAGAUUUUUUGCCGUCCGUCCGGUCAACGCUUUGACAGCAAAAAUCAAAUUCUCGUACUAUUGUCAAUUCAUACUUGUGAAUCAAUCAUUUGACACCGUUGAGAGGAUUACCCAUUCCCUACUGUCUUUCAGUUAUACAGUACUAGGAAUGGAUAACAUUUGAUCCACAAAUAGCUAUUGAAGAAAAUAUUACAUUAAUUGUUUAGCAUGUGAAUGGAAUUAUUUAGCUUUUCCCCUUGAACAAAAGAUAGAUAUUCACCCAUUAUAUUAAGAGAGGG